AUGACUGUGUGCUCAGGAUGCUCCAAAGCAAAUGAGAAGACAGAAGGUACAGAGAAAAUAAAUACUACCUGUAAAGGGAUCUUAAAAUUGAUUUUACUACUGCUAUUACUCUACCUAUUUGUAUGUUCCUUGGACAUUCUCAUCAGCGCUUUCCAGCUGGUUGCAGGGAAAGCUGCUGGGAUGCUUUUCCAUGGUGGUUCAAUAAUUUACAACCCCGUAGCUGGCCUGAUGAUCGGUAUCCUGCUGACGGUCAUGGUGCAAAGUUCCAGUACUUCUACAUCCAUCAUUGUCAUCAUGGUGUCCUCUUCACUGUUGUCAGUAAAAGCAGCAAUUCCAAUUGUCAUGGGAGCCAAUGUUGGGACUUCAAUUACCAAUACAAUGGUGGCCUUCAUGCAGGCUGGAGACAGAGAUAAUUUUCAAAGGGCUUUUGCAGGAGCUACUGUCCACGACUUCUUUAACUGGCUGUCGGUGCUGGUGCUGCUGCCCCUGGAGGUGGUCACAGGUUACCUCCUCAGUAUCACUCAUAUCAUUAUUGACUACUUUAAUAUCAACAGUGGAGAAGAUGCUCCAGAACUGCUGAAAAUCCUCACCAAACCCUUAACAAAACUCAUCAUCCAGUUGGACAAAAAAGUCAUAUUUGAAAUUGCUACAGGAAAUGUGGAAGCAAAAAUCAAAAGCCUGGUAAAGAUUUGGUGUAAAACUUCAAAAUAUGUGGUAAGUAUCAGAAACAACAUUACUGUAGCCUUCCCAGAAAAUUGUUCCUCUACCACUUUAUGCUGGACCGAAGGGAACUUGACCUGGACACUCUACAACACAACACAUAAAGAGAACAUUGAAAAAUGUAAACAUUUAUUUGUGAAUGUCCAACUGUCAGAUUCAGGCAUUGGACUCAUCCUUCUUUUCCUCUCCUUGCUGGUCCUGUGCAUCUGUUUGAUAUUGAUUGUCAAGAUCCUGAACUCUAUGCUCAAGGGACAAGUUGCUGCAGUGAUUCAGAAGACUAUCAAUACAGAUUUCCCCUUCCCCUUUACCUGGCUGGCAGGCUACCUGGCCAUCCUUGUUGGAGCUGGGCUGACGUUUGUUGUGCAGAGCAGCUCUGUGUUCACUUCGACAAUCACUCCUCUGAUCGGCAUCGGAGUGAUCAGCCUGGAGAGAGCGUACCCCCUGACCCUCGGCGCCAACAUCGGCACCACCACCACGGCCAUCUUGGCUGCACUGGCCAGCCCUGGAAGCACUUUGGAAGAUUCCCUCCAGAUUGCCCUGUGCCAUUUCUUCUUCAACUUGUCUGGAGUUCUUCUGUGGUACCCAAUCCCAUUCAUGCGCCUGCCGAUACGUCUUGCCAGGGGCUUGGGGAAUAUCACGGCCACCUACCGUUGGUUCGCCAUGUUCUACAUGAUUAUCUGCUUUAUUAUCUUCCCCCUGGUUGUGUUUGGCCUCUCGGUGGCUGGUUGGACUGUGCUGGUGAGUGUCUCGGCCCCUGUUGUCCUGGCACUGCUAAUCAUAACGUGCCUGUGGACCUUUGAGGCUCACUACGUGUUACCCCUGUGGAUGCGUUCCCUAGAGCCCUGGGACGAGAUCGUAACAUUCCUCACAGAAAAAUGCUGCCCCCAACGCUGCUGUUAUUUUUUUGGUGUUUGCUGCAAAGUGGUGUUCCUGCCCUGGAAAUGGAGACUAAAGAGGCAGUGGGGAAAUAUUAAGUUAGUGUCCUCCAAGGCCUCUAGGAAUUUCAAUGACACUGGAUCCAUAACGAAAGAGGAGAAAAGUCCAGACUUGAAGGUCUCCAGCAGCAAAGUGUCCUUAUAGAGGUCAGGGGAUGAGAUGGGAAGUGAAAAGAUGGAUUAUUUCUUGUUCUAUUACGUCCUUUCUCCCCUGAGUGUGGGAAGGGUAGAGGCAGAUGACUGAUUAUUCAAUGGAAAAAUGAACCAUGGACAUUUGCUACCCCUACCCUCCACCCCAGAAUCCAAUGCUUUGCAGGUAGGACUGGCUCAGCAUUGGGAGAAACUGUGAUCAAACCCUCAUCCUUCCCAGGGCCCUAGUAAUCCCUCACAUGAUUUCUGGCUCCCUAAGAGCCCUGGGACAAGAACCACAGGGACUGUACAAGAUGAAUCCUGACUGGGCCAAUUACUUACUCUCUCUCCAGAAACACUGGGGCAACAGGACUUGAAACAUUUUUAGAAUGAAAGAAUUCUUUUUCUUAAAUAAAUAUAGUUAGACUUAUUUUUAAAAAUAAGUGAGUUUGGUUUCUGAGAAGACCUGACUGUAAAUAGAUAAUAGGUCCUUCUGUGGCCCCACAAGGCUGACAGGCAGGGCAAA